CUGCGGUCGCGUGCAGCUGAUUUCCACGUCCUCCGGCUCGCGCACGCCAAGUGAAGCGCAUGCGCAGGUUGCAAUUUUUGGGGGUUGCACGAGUUCUUUUUUUCUCUACCCGUUUUUUUGCCGGAAUUUAAACCAAACCGACCGCAUUUGGAAUAUUCAGCGCAUUUGGGAUACACUCUUCAAGCAGGAAAGUUACUUUUGUCAUUAAGACGAGACAUUCGUGUAGUUUCAAAUACGAGGCCAGCACCGACACAGCCUCGGUUAGCAUAUAUACAUAGGUUAACGUUACUUAACACGGCAGCGAGCCAGUGCCUUCAUAGCCAGCUAUCGCUAACUAGCUAGCCCUGACUAGCAUGACAUGUAACCUGCAGACCAUUAGCGUGUGGGUUGCGUUUUAUAUCUGUAUCAGAGGGAGGAGGGAGUAACAUGUUCUUUGUAAAUACGUGACUGAGUUGUAACCUGUGCCAGCUCUAGUUAUUGCCACCAGUGCCACCGGUUCCCCAGUCAGCGUGUAGCCCCAUAACUACAGCUAGCUACCCUGCUAGCGUUAGCUUGGUAACCUUAGCUCCCCGAGUCCCCGGCUACGCAGCCGAAUAACUACCGUUACAGUGGCUCAGGUCACGUCGUGUGCAACGCCUCUCAGUGUGCAGAAACAAUGCGGGACUAAGUGAAUAUGGGAACGUAGUCAAACAUCGUUUCUUUCUUUCUUUUUUUUUUUUUUUUUUACUACUUCAGUUUUUAGUCAUUUCGUUAGCUGGCCGUUAACAUGUCCGCGAGCGGCGGGUUCACGGACCUGCGCCAGAAGCUGAAGGCCAUGACGCCGCACCGGGACGAGCUGAAAACCAAAACCGCCGACCGGAGCAACGGCGGCGCCAAGAAACGCAAGUACCGCGAGGAGUCGGAUGACGACGAUGCCGCCGCCGGUAGCGACCAGGAGCAGCGCGACGCGGAGGCGCGGCGCGUCAAGAGCGGCAUCAAGCAGGCGACCGUCUUCAGCGCGCAGGAGUGCGCGCUCAUCGAGCAGAAGAUAGACGAGGUGGUCGCCAAGGGAGACAAGGGUCUGUACCGGGAGCACACGGUGGACCGCGCGCCCCUACGGAACAAGUACUUCUUCGGCGAGGGCUACACCUACGGAGCGCAGCUGGAGCGUCGCGGCCCCGGGCAGGAGCGUCUGUACCCCCGCGGCGAGGUGGACGAGAUCCCCGAGUGGGUGCACGGUCUGGUGAUAGCGCCCCUAGUGGCGGGAGGUCUGCUGGCGGAGGGCUUCGUGAACAGCGCGGUGAUUAACGACUACCGGCCGGGCGGCUGCAUCGUGUCCCACGUGGACCCCAUCCACAUCUUCGAGCGCCCAAUCGUCUCCGUCUCGCUCUUCAGCGACUCCGCGCUCUGCUUCGGCUGCCGCUUCCAGUUCAAGCCCAUACGCGUCUCCCAGCCCGUCCUGCACCUGCCCGUGCACAGAGGCAGCGUCACCAUCCUCAGCGGUUAUGCGGCCGAUGAAAUCACCCACUGCAUCAGACCACAGGACAUCAAGGAGAGGAGAGCAGUGAUCAUCCUCAGAAGGACAAGGCCAGAUGCUCCGCGAUUGGACACAAAUCCUCCAAGCCCCGCCCCUCUUCCAAGCCCCGCCCCUCUUCCAUCAGACCGCAAAACGACUCACAAACGCUCGCACCGCAGAGCAGACCCUGAUGCAGCUCACAGGCCACGUGUUCUGGAGAUGGAUAAGGAGGAGAAUCGCGUGUCUCGUGUUCGAUCCCGCAGAGACUACAGUUCCCACGAUGCACAGCGAGACAGCUCCACGCGCAGGGUCAAGAUGAGACGCCACUGAGAGACCACAUUUCCCACCAUGCAAAGGGGCCGCCACUGAGAGACUACAUUUCCCAUGAUGCACAGGGGGACGGCUCCAUGCGCAGGGUCAAGAUGAGACUCCACUGAGAGACUACAUUUCCCAUGAUGCACUGGGACGGCUCCACACGCAGGGUCAAUAUAAGGCACCACUGAGCGAGACUACAUUUCCCAUGAUGCACAGGGACGUCACUGAGGGAUGGAGCCUGUUACAACCAGCGCCGUGGCAACCUGGAGCCUCUCCACAGACGUGUCACACACACACACACACACACACACACACACACACACACACCUACCUACCUACCUGUCCACGGGCAGACAAACAUAGAUGCAUGCCUGUCCACACACACACACACACACACACACACACCACCAUAUUAUACAGAUACAGACACCCCCAUCUAUACUCACUCUCUCUUUACACACACACACACACUAUGAACAGACAGCUCUCAACUGCUGACAGUGUUGGAACGAAAUGACUUCUGGAAAAGCACACAGUGUUGGAGGGGAGGGAUUGUGUGUGUGUUUGUGUGUGCGUGUGUGUUUCAUCCCCAAUGUAUGCCAUUUCAGACGAGUGUGUGUGUGUGUGUGUGUGUGUUAUUGUUUAUAAUAAUAAUAUGUAUUCUUGCAUCAAAGAUGUACAGAGGAGGAAAUGAAGUUCUGAAGUCAUAAACGAAUGUUCUCAAGUCA